CAUGAGCAAGAUUUUAAAUCGUCUUUGGCGAGCAAGGAUCGAACAGCGAAGAAGCACGAUGAAGUUGAUUGUCGUAAUUUUGUCAGCUUUAGUGGUAGCCACAAGUGCUAAAAAUGCAACAUUCUACACGGUGGAAGAGGCAAUUAAAGACCAUUACAUAGUUGUACUGAAGCCCGGUUAUGACGUCGAAGUGAUCAAGAAACUUCUUCUGACUGACCUCUCGGGAAGUUUCGGCGAUGUUUCUAUCAAGCACACCUUCACUGCUGCCAUCAAUGGGUUUUCAGCUAAACUCAACAACCAGGCUCUCGAAAAGCUUUUGGCCCGAGAGGAGAUCAAGUACAUUACGGAAGAUGGUGAAAUUCACACUGCGGCUGUUUCGUCUUGGGGUCUGGAUCGCAUAGAUCAGCGUUCAUUGCCUCUGGAUGGAGCUUACAAGGCCAAGGGUUGUGGAGCAGGUGUUAAUGUGUAUGUCGCCGAUACAGGAAUUUACACAGACAGUUUGUUUUUUGGAGGUCGAGCCUCCCCUGUCUUUGAUGCAUCCGACGAUGGUCCACCAUUAGCUAGAGACUGUAACGGACAUGGCACGCAUUGUGCUGGUACAGCAGGAGCAAGUAUAUACGGAGCAGCACCAAAUGUAAAUAUAUAUGGGUUGAAGAUAUUUACCUGCAGUGGAUCCGGUCAAUGGAGCUACCUAAUAUCAGCCUGCGAUUACCUUGUGAAGUCUGGAGUGAAGCCGGCAGUUGCCUCGAUGUCCAUUGGAGGUUAUCGUAACACGGCAGCCGACGAGGCCGUUCAAAGCGUUAUUCAGUCUGGUAUUCCCGUUGUUGUAGCAGCUGGUAAUAACAACGACGAUGCCUGCAGUAGAACACCUGCUCGUGUACAAGAGGCCAUAACCGUUGGUGCAACAGAUAUCAAUGAUGCAAAGGCUUCUUUCUCAAACUACGGAACGUGCGUGGAUAUAUUCGGUCCGGGUGUUGACAUACCGAGCGCAUGGAUCGGAGGACCAGAUAGGACGAAGACCAUAAGUGGUACAUCCAUGGCUACCCCUCAUGUUACCGCCGCUGUAGCACAACUACUAUCUAAGAAUCCCAACCUUUCACCUGCUGAUAUCAAGGCGACCCUGAUCGACACAUCGACCAAGAAUGCUAUUAGUGGUCUACCUUCUGACACCGAAAACCGUCUGCUGUAUGUACCCCGUGAUUAAAUUUCUGAAGAUAAUUUACAAUCGCCUGUUCUAACCGUUACCAUGGGGCCCCAAAGCAAACUUCGAUCGUGCAAAUUCUGGGAUCGGCAUUCAUCAUGUUCAUAGAUUUUAUUUGUUCACUUAUCAUGUCAUCAAGGCUGUAUUUCACUUGUAAAAUAUAUUUGAUGAACGAUUAAACUAUAUUCAAAUAAUGUGUUAUAUAUAACGUCCGCGUAGUUUUUAUACAUACAUGCUCGAUGAAAAUCAAAUAAUGAUAAUAAUAAUAAUGAUAAUGAUAAUAAUAAUGAUAAUAAUGAUAAUGAUAAUAAUAAUAAUUGUAUCAUUUCAUGAAACGCACACACCGUCAGUAGACACUCAUGGCGCUAGCCCGGCAAAAAGUCCUGUGUAUAUACACAUAAAACUACAAAUAUACACGAAAACAAAUUUUAUAAAUAAAUAUUAUAUUAGAAAAAUGCAAAUGGUAGCAAUAUUUCAUAGAAAGCAAUUUUGCCUCAGUCACUAGAAUUCCUAGCUACCUCCUGAUUCGGCCUGGUGCCCGCCUGCUUGCUGCUCCGUUCACUGACAAUUUAAAGGACAAGCCCGGUCAGCUCACUAUGCCUAUAUACCCACGGCCAAUAGGGGUACCAGCCCCCACAUGCAGAAUGCCAGUCAGACCAGUGGGUGUCUGCUAAUGUCUACUAUGUAUAUGAAAAGAAAAUAUUUGUUACAAAAUCUGGGUUUAGUUUUCGGAAGGAAUACCUCUAAACUUUGCAAAAUUAAAACAGUUCAAUUCGGGAUUCCUCCCCCCCCCCCCCCCCGGCUCGAACUGGGUCCUUGUUAUGCAACCUCUUUCCCGAAUAUCGUGACCGAGCCUGCGGUAACAAAGAAAAGUUUUCACAACUGCAACGAGGACGAAUUCAAGGACACAGUAAAUGUAUUGAAAUUGCCCGUCAAAAUUAAUGACAAAGAACAUCGAAGAGGUCUUUGUUCAGAAUUUGUGAAACGGAACAGCGGUUUGGUCAUUACGCUUCACAAAUUCUGUCCAGAGCACAUCCAGGACGAAACUACUGUUUUGAUUCAUCAAUUUUCGACGAAGACUUCUUGGUUGUGAUUUGCCAUGAAUGGUAUUUGACAAUACGUUUCCUAUGUUCUUGAAUACGCUGUGCGUCGUGGAAGCGAAAACACCCUACACUGUGGUGUUAAAACUGACACCAGUUGGUGUCUAUAGAGGACCACACCAUGAGGUGUUAAAAUUACACCCUAGAGAUUGAACAUAACACCUGCAGGUGUUAAACUAAUACUGUCAAGUUUAACACCGGAGUAAAAUAACUGGUGUGGUCCUCUAUUAUGUACACCAGUUAACACCACAAUUUUUGUUGUGUACCGUCUCAUGGGGGGAGGGGGAGGUAUAGGACUAGAAGCGAGAGAAGGAGUGGGAGAAGAGCGGAAUACAGAAGGAGAAGGAGAAGAAGAAGAAAUAGAAGUAGAAGGAGGAGGUGGAAGAGGAGAAGUGGAUAUGAACAAUGAAGAAACCAGUCUGAAAGUGAUAAUGAAAUGCUGUUUGAAUGUUCCUGAAAACAUGAUAUCUGGGAAGCAAGAUAAUUGCCAAAAUUUUAACAAAUUGGCUCAAUACUGGCAGAGGUCACGCGCAAAGCAAGCAUGAAGGACUAGGCCUACACUGAGAGUCAUUUAGCUUUUGUUAGUUAUAUAUAUACUUUGAACAUAACAUAAGAGCAGUGGAAGGGUAAUCCCUUUUCAGUGAUGGGCCAUUUUGAAGACAUUGUAAUCCUUGGCCCCGUUUUAUUAAGACUUGUUAUGAUAACAAAAUUAAUGCACAAUUUGUAUUAAAAAAAUACUAUCAGCCAAUCAGAUUGAAGGAUUUCAGUAACUAUUAACUUGAUAAAAAUUAGUUAUUAUCCCUGAAUGUCAUGCAAAGAAUGUGAAAACUUACAAUGAUUUUUUUUUGUCUUUCCCCACAUCUUUCGAUUAUCUUUAAUAAACUAAACAUUGCAA